AUGAAGAAGGGCAAAGGAGGGGACACUGCGCCGGACGGUGGACGGAAUCCGUACAAGGGCGGAGGCAAGAAAAAAGCAGCGCUCAAGGCAAGCGCGCCAGUCCAGCAGGAUGACCCCCGGCUUCUCGUUCCGGGCCUCGUACUCGUCAAGGACUUUAUCUCCAAGGAGGAAGAGGAGCAGCUCAUCCAGGCACGACCGGAGACGGCCGACUCUGCGGUGGAGGAGAGGGAGUGGGACCUCGAUCUGAAGCGGAAGGUGCAGCAGUACGGCUAUCGCUUCGAGCACAACGCGCAGAACCUGCGUGGCGGCUACCUCGGACCCCUGCCCGAUUUUGCGCAGCAGGUCACAGCACGCCUCGUUUCCACAGGACUGAUGCCGUACGAGCCCGACCAGAUGAUCAUCAACCACUACACGCCCGGCCAGGGCAUCCACCCGCACGUCGACAAGACCCACUGCUUCGAGGGCGUCGUCGGCAGCCUGGGCCUGGGCUCCAGCUGCAUCAUGGAGUUCAAGCACAUCGAGACGGGCAGGCGCGUUGACGUCUUCUUCGAGCGACGGACAGCUCUCAUGCUUACCGGCGAGGCGCGAUAUGGCUGGACACACGGCAUUUCGGCGGUGGUGUCGGAUACGUGGAAGGGCGUACAGUUCAAGCGGAAGAAUCGGAUCUCGCUCACCUGGCGCAAGGUCAUCCUCCCGCCGGCCAAGUCCGACGGCGAACCCCGACCACAGCCCACCAACGACGACAGUGCGCACAUCGACGAACAGCAGGCGACUGCGUAG